CCAUCCAAUUCCCUCAUGCUUCUUGCAGGUCAGCCGAUUAAUCCUCAGUGCCGUAUUUAUCCUGAGGAGAUGAUCCAGACCGGCAUCUCUGCCAUUGAUGGCAUGAACAGUAUUGCCAGAGGUCAAAAAAUUCCCAUUUUCUCUGCGGCUGGUCUACCCCACAAUGAGAUUGCUGCACAGAUCUGUCGUCAGGCGGGAUUGGUGAAGAAAUCCAAAGAUGUGAUGGAUUACAGUGAGGAUAACUUUGCCAUUGUGUUUGCUGCCAUGGGGGUCAACAUGGAGACUGCAAGAUUUUUUAAGUCCGAUUUUGAAGAGAACGGGUCCAUGGACAACGUGUGCCUAUUUUUAAAUUUGGCCAAUGAUCCCACGAUUGAACGCAUCAUCACCCCUCGGCUUGCACUUACCUCAGCUGAGUUUCUGGCUUAUCAGUGUGAGAAGCACGUGCUGGUCAUAUUGACUGACAUGAGCUCUUAUGCUGAGGCUUUACGAGAGGUCUCUGCUGCUAGAGAAGAGGUUCCUGGUCGACGUGGUUUCCCAGGUUACAUGUACACCGAUCUGGCUACGAUAUAUGAGAGGGCCGGACGCGUGGAGGGACGCAAUGGCUCCAUCACUCAAAUCCCAAUCCUCACUAUGCCCAACGAUGAUAUUACCCAUCCUAUUCCGGAUUUAACUGGCUACAUCACUGAGGGUCAAAUUUAUGUGGACAGACAGCUUCAUAACAGACAGAUCUAUCCUCCUAUCAACGUACUACCUUCUUUGUCUCGAUUGAUGAAAUCAGCCAUUGGCGAGGGAAUGACACGCAAAGACCACUCAGAUGUUUCUAAUCAGCUGUAUGCUUGCUAUGCUAUCGGGAAAGAUGUGCAAGCAAUGAAGGCUGUAGUUGGGGAAGAAGCACUGACAUCAGAUGACUUGUUGUACUUGGAGUUCUUACAGAAAUUUGAGAAGAACUUUAUUUCCCAGGGUGCAUAUGAGAAUCGAACUGUGUUCGAGACAUUGGACAUUGGCUGGCAGCUCUUAAGAAUCUUCCCCAAAGAGAUGCUGAAAAGGAUUCCUCAGAGCACUUUGGCUGAGUUUUAUCCUCGAGACUCCAAGCAUUAGUCUUACUUCUUUCUUUGUUCAUUCACUUUGUCUCUCAAGCACCUGUGAAUCUGUCUUCUACACUUCUAGAUGUUACUCAAUCUCUGCUCAAAUCCAGUACCCUAAGUCUACACUGAUGGAUUUCAAAGUUGUUUUUCAUUGCUGUUCUUGCGAUUUAUUUAUUAUGUAAGUGUUGCUAAAUAGUAAAGCAAAUAUUAUAUGAAUAUCGUUGCUACACUGCAGUGUGGAUGUUGUGU